GCUCAAUUGAUUACAAUGUAUCAGCGACCAGGAUUUGAAUCACUUUUGAAAAAAUGUACCAAUCAGGAUGAUACUGAACUGAUAACUGAUAUUUAUGAAGGAGAAAUUUGGAAAACUUUCCCAUUGCAAAUUGACACACCUGAUUCUUCUUGUGGCAUCAUAUAUGGUCCCAAAGAGGUAAAGUUACAUCGGAUAAACCACUACCUUUCCCCGAUAGUGGAUGAAUUAUUAGAAUUGUGGAAUGGAUAU